UAGAAUUAAAAAUCUGCGCUCCUCCGCCUUUGUCACCAGUGUUGUGCGCAUUUUUUUUUCCCUCUCCCGCAGCAUGGUGCACGGACUCGGAGACUCAGCGCCGCAUCUUUCUCGGACGACUUAGAUAAGCCAGCAGAACGCUCCUACACCACCUGUUCCCACCUUCAGAGACAAGAUGCAGGAGGUGGACAGCACCCAGGCAGGCUCACAGCGGACCUUCAGUGUCCUGGAUCGCCUGCUGCUCACUCACCCUGUGUGGCUGCAGCUGUCACUCAACCAGGACUCCGCCCUGUACAUCCUGCUCAGAGAGCCUGUUGGGACUUUUCUGGUGCGCAAGUGCAGCUCCAGCCAGAGGAAGGUGCUGUGCUUGAGAGUGGCAGCCGACAGGAGUGCCUCCUCUGUUAAGGAGUGCUUCAUUUGUGAGGAGGACUCCACAUUCGCCUUGGAGAGCUCAGCACUCAGCUUCCCGGACUUGUGUCGUCUGGUGGCCUUCUACUGUAUCAGCAGAGACGUCUUGCCGUUUCCUCUUCAGCUACCAGAGGCCAUUGCCAGUGCCACGACACACCGACAACUGGAAGCCAUCUCGCACAUGGGACAGGAGUUCUGGAGCUCACCGAGUGCUGUAGACAUCCAAAACGGGCCCCUCGGGCCUGUUGCAUCAACCAGCAGCCCCCAUGCCCAAAUGGGGGGGGCUCAGGACCGAUGGUCUCUGAUGACUCGAGGCAAGCAAGGCAAGGUCUGCUUCAUCAACCCGCUCUUCCUUCAGCUGGAGGUUUGGAAGCAGCCACAACACACCAACCACAGCGCCUCCAAUAAACGGCACCGCUUCAAGCGCAGCAUGCGUCUCCGGCUCUCAGAGUCCUCCAUGAAUUUGUCCCUGGAAGGCAUUGGCUCCUACUCACCUCCGCCGUCGGUGGAGCAACCCGGCGGGUCGGAGGGGCUGCACAAGGCUAGCCCUAAUCCCCAGAGAAGAGUUCACGCGGGGGCCGGCGUCCUGAGGAGAACUCCCGCAGUCUCGCCCGGGUCAGCAGAGGAAGACGACAUGAUGGCCAUUUAUGUGCCACAGGCAUCUGCUGCUGCCGAUGAGACACCCAAGUUCCAGCAGGAGGCGGGAAUCGAAGGGACAGUUCUGGGCCUGGAGCGCCGGCCGGCUCCGUCCUUGGCUGAGCUCGACAGCUGCAGCUCCUUCAGCAGCAUGGAGGACGAAAACGACUCCGAUUCAGAACCAGAAAGCAUGGCCCAAGCCCAAACAAACGCCUUCCACCGCCCGCCACUGGUCCGCUCGCGAGGCCGCGGAGGGCUACAUCGCAUGAGCGAGGCGUUUGUGUGUUUCUUCGCGCCCGACAAGCGUCUGACUCGACUGGUGGAGGAACUGGCCCGGGACAGACGCUCGGUCUUCGGGGGCACGGUUCAGGACUUCCUCCAGGAGCAGAGAAAGGUGCUGAAAGCGCUGAGCUCCUCUUCGUCGUCUUCGGCGACAGGUGCAACUUCGGUGCAGCUUCUGCAAGGCCUGCGCCUCUUCCUGUCACAGGCGAAGUGUUGCCUGCUGGACAGCAGAGAACUUGAGCCUCCCAUUGAAACCCUGGUGCCCGAGAACGAGAAAG